UGCGUGGAGAAAUAAUUGUGUGCAGUGAAAGCCGAGCAUUCAUUCACAGACCUUGACUGGCGCUACUGAAGCCUGGAGGCUCAGUAGUGAUUCAGCAGCAGCGGAGCAGCGCUUAGGAGACAGUGGUGGUGAGAAGGAAGGAAUAAAGGGAAAAAAGAGAAAAGGAAAUUUCAAAAGAAGGAGGUGAACAACGUGAGCCGCGCGCCGAUUUGGAGCCGCGUUUUCAUCGCUUAACAACACGGAGAGAAAGGGGAUUUAAAGAGAGAGAGAGAGAGAUGCCGGUGAAAACUUCUCACAUCGCGGCCAAAACCUUCUGAUUUUACUUAAAAAACAAUUAAACUCCGGGAAAUUCGGUUUGCAGUGGAUUUUGACGGAUGCGCACCGGAGCUAUCCAGGGGUGUAGCCGCGGUUCCUGCCGUGCGUCUUUGUGCUGUUAGAGGUGGUGUGUGACUGAGUGUGUGUGAGAGAGGAGGAUACAGAUAGAGGUGGAGGAUCAGCCGGAGUGGCCGACCAGCCAGAAGGAUGCUGGAGGGCAAUGCCUGCAGAAAGAGAGGAUGAGAUUUGUCGAAAGGCGCUGGAACUGCUCUCGGACCUUUGCUCCAAGGGAGAGGUGCAGGACGACAACUGCCUGGAUUUCAUUUACUACUUCAGGGAUCUGGCCAGACCCCGUUACACGGACUCAGAUGUAUCGGUGAGCCUGUUGUCUCUGCUGGUGACCACCUGUGGUCUGGCUCUCUUCAGCGUCUCCCUCUUUGUCUCAUGGAAGCUGUGCUGGGUGCCACUAAGUGGUCGUUUCCUCCCAGAUGUCCUCAAGGGGGCACACUUCUUGGGAGGAGACCAACAACCUGUCCUCACAGAGGUGGACGGGGAGGAAAGGGAAUACAGUGAAGAUGGCUGUGUGAAGGAGCCUUCGGGGCCCCCUUCGGGUGUGCCUGUCCCGGAGUCGGCCUUGAAGAUAAGCCACACAUCACCUGACAUCCCACUGGAGACGCAAACUAAGGUGGAGAAAAACCAUGCUCACACUCUGGCCAGGGACAGGGUUCAGAGACAGAUUACUGAACCUACCUCUUCUGUACGGCACAACUCCUUCCGUCGUCAAAUGAACUUAUCCAAUCCCGACUUCAACCCUGCUCAGUUCCAGCGCCAGGAGUCUUUGUCUGGUUUGGGUCGGAUCAAACCAGAACUUUACAAGCAGCGCUCGAUAGAUGCAGAAGAUGGCCAUAGAACCUCUAACUGUGGGCGCCUUCACUUUAUCCUUAAGUUUGACUUUGACCUGGAGCAGCUGAUCGUGAAGAUCCACAAGGCCCAGGACCUUCCUGCCAAGGACUUCUCAGGGACCUCUGAUCCUUACGUCAAAAUCUACCUGCUGCCCGACCGCAAAACCAAGCACCAGACCAAGGUGCACCGGAAGACACUCAACCCGGUUUUUGAUGAAGUGUUCCUCUUUCCUGUGGCGUACGCAGAUCUGUCGAAUCGUAAGCUACACUUCAGUAUUUACGACUUUGACAGGUUCUCUCGCCAUGAUUUGAUUGGCCAAGUGGUGGUGGACAACUUCUUGGAUCUUUCCGACUUUCCCCGGGAGACAAAACUGUGCCGGAACAUACAAUAUGUAACCUCGGACAAUGUGGACCUUGGAGAGCUGAUGUUCUCACUGUGCUAUCUCCCAACGGCUGGCAGGCUUACCAUCACAAUUAUCAAAGCCAGAAACCUCAAAGCCAUGGACAUCACUGGAGCCUCAGAUCCAUAUGUGAAAGUGUCUCUGAUGUGUGAUGGUCGAAGGCUAAAGAAGAGAAAGACAUCGACCAAGCGUAACACUCUGAAUCCAGUGUACAAUGAGGCCAUUGUGUUUGAUGUUCCUCCUGAGAGCAUUGACCAGAUCAGCCUGCUAAUAGCUGUCAUGGACUAUGAUCGGGUUGGGCAUAAUGAAGUGAUCGGGGUAUGCAGGGUAGGCAGUGAGGCUGAGAGUCUUGGGCGAGACCACUGGAAUGAGAUGCUGACGUACCCACGGAAGCCAAUCGCACACUGGCACCCGCUCAUAGAGUGGGUCGGACAAGGAGCGACGGUGAGUGGAAGCCAAGGAGGAUCCACCAAUUCCCUGAAGACACCACCAUCACCAUAACCACACACACACACACCAGUAUACU